AAACCAACCCCAAAAUUUCUAUAUCGUCUACUCAACUUUUUCAACGAAAAAAAAAUGUCUGUCAGCCCAUUCUUCAACCCAAAACGAGACUCUCAACUCGGUGAAAUGAUGAGAGAUAUGGGCGGAAUGCAACGCCGGCUUAUGCCAAUUUCUGGAACUUUUAACCCAAUGACCGAUGAUUCUGAGAUAAUGAAUUCCAAUGAUAAAUUUGCUGUAAAUCUCAAUGUCUCCAACUUCAAGCCAGAAGAGCUGAAAGUCAAUCUGGAAGGAAGACAACUGUCAAUUCAAGGAGAACAUGACGUGGAGAAUGAACAUGGUGCAUCGAGAAAGUCGUUCUCAAGAAUGAUUCUUCUUCCAGAAGAUGUUGAUAUUACUUCAGUUGCAACUAAUCUUUCGAAUGAUGGAAAACUUUGUAUUGAAGCACCGAAAUUGGAAGGUGUUUGUGGAAGAUCAGUUCCAGUCAAAGAAGCCAGCAUGGACCAUCAUCAUAUUGAAUAAAUACUUUUAUUUUUUUUCUUUUUUGUGAUCUCAAAUUGAGAAUCGAAAUUGUAAAUAAACAGACUCUU